AUGGGUAUCCAUUUCCACGAGGCAAGUCCCAGUGGACCAUCAGAACAACGCGGAAGACUGGGGCCAGCAAGGGCACUGGUUUCUGCCCAAAUUCCCAGCGUUGUUUGGGCCGAAGAUGCCCUUUCGAUCGUCCACCGGGUUCCCACUGGGCUAUUUGAUUUCCAAAUACUCGUUCCGGACGACAAAGUGCACCUCGCUGCACAUGAAAUCUGUCGGCGACGCCCUUAUUCGAUCAUUGACGGCUCCCAAGAUGAUAGGUGGCUAGACUACAAGCUCUACAAUCAGGAGCGUCCGCCAGCGUUCAAGUUCGGAGAAACGUCUCUACUGCUAUGUCAUGCAGAGGCAAAAGGCCAUGAACCUGACCGAGUCUUGGUACACGCCGCAUCGACCUUCCACUUUGACCUUGUAGACCCGUCUCGCACCUGUCUGAACCCAGACCCACCAGACGCGGAGUCAUCUUCCAUUCGUUAUCCUACCCUCGCCGCAUUCUUCGAUGCCAUCAUCGACACGUUUUACGAACCACCCCUGCCUUACAUUCAUCGAGUCUUUCGCUCGCAACUGAAUGUUUUCCAUAGUUAUUUGCUCACUUAUAGCUUAGGGAAGGAGGGAAUUUUGGUUCAGGAAGAUCCGGUCACAAAAGAACCGACUCCUGUGCCGGAGUGCUGGCGUUUGCUGGAAGAGCUCAAGUAUGAGAAUCGGCCAUUCCUGAUUCGGAGUAUUCUUCAAACCGGUUCUCUGUCUUUCCAAGACGGCUUCAUAGAACGUCAGGAGCUCAAAGCUGAGCGAUUCGCAAAAUUGGGACUCAAGCACGUCCCACCACCGAUGCCUUACAACCCACUUAGCCGGCAGCGAGGCAUUCCUGAACCCUCUCAUGAGCCACGCCUUACUCCAUAUCUCACCACAGGGAGGAAUGGUAAACCAGGCAUCGACUGGCGACCGCUGGCGAGAUAUGCUUCCAUCGCCCAUCGCCUCCUCCGAUGA